AUGGCAAAUAAAUAUUCUGGAUUUUUAUUAGUGUUUAUUACAUACCAUUUCGUUUUUAUCACUUUGCUUAUUCCUAUAAUCAGUGGAUACACUUGUACUCCUGGUACUGGAGAAAUUUUACUUCGAAGCUCCGCACUUAAUUCAGCGGAGAAACGAGUAGAAAACGAUAUAACUUCUAACAGUAACAACGAAGAUGGAAACGGAAAGCACUUAAUAAAACAAGGUAUAUUCACCUCACCAAAAUGGCCCAAAUCAUAUGAAUCUGGGACACGUUGUGUUUAUCGUUUUAUAGCGGAUGUUGGUGAGAAAGUCCAUAUUAAAUUUGAUCACUUUGUUUUAUCGGGUGAUAUGCCAAGUUGUUCAGUCGACUUCUUGGAUGUGUAUAUUGAUGUUGCUUCGUCAACACUAGAUUUGGAUAGACAAGCUGCAAUACUUGUUGAAGCCUCUUCUUCUUUAUCAUCAUCAUCUAAUGAACUACACACAACAACACCAUUUUCAGCCUCUGUUUAUUCUUCCGUAUUAGAUAAAUCAGAUUUAUUGGGCCGAUAUUGUGGUGAUUAUCUAGCGACCAACUCUGUCACAUUUAUUAGUUUACACAGAGAGAUUGUAUUGGAUUUUUAUUCAGAGUUAGAAAAAGUGGCAAAUCCCUGGUAUACAACUGGAAAAUCCACUAUAUUCGGUUUCAACGGAACAUUCGAAUUUAUUAAUGAUGAUGCAUUCUAUCCUGGUAAGGCUGUUUCUUCCUCUGAAUUGUAUAUACCAUUUGAAGAUGACAUUACUACUAGUACUGGCAAUGCUACUGCUGCUUCCACCAUAACUAGUAGUAACUGUCGUUUUCGUAUUGAAGCAGAUCAUAUUGCUAAACCUGACAUAAAUGGAGAUAUGACUAAAUUAGAUGAAAUAUCUGGUGAAUUAAUUUCACCUACCUACCCAGGUUACCAACCUAACAAUCUUCUCUGUGUAUAUCAGUUAAUUGGGCUUCCAUAUCAGCGAAUUAGUUUGGAUAUUUUGGACAUAGACUUAUACUCAGGAUCACCAGGAUGUCCAAAAGAUUUUAUCCAAUUCUAUGAUGGUUUUCAAAUAGACAAUACCAGUAUAAGUCGAAAUUCUAUCGGCCAAAGAAUAUGUGAUAAUUCGAAUAAUAUUCAUAUCGUAUCUACGGGAGCAAGUUUAGUGAUACUAUUCGUUACUGGUCAAAUUCAGUUGCUAAAUUAUGUAAAUAAUAAAAGAGAUAAUGUAAUAAUGAAUGCAUUGAGUACAAGACGUCGAGGUUUUCGAUUACGUUAUACAUUUACUAAAAGGUUAUUGCCUGUCAUUGAAGCACCUGGAGGCGAGCACGUCCGUGGAACAGAAUGUGAUUAUGUGAUAAAAAGUCAAGGUUCCAUUGAAAAACAGUUUGAAUCACCCACAAUGCGCAAUAAUUUCGUAUUAACUCCAGAUAGAGUAUGCAAUUUCAUAUUUAUCGGAGAACGAUUUGAACAAUACAGCGAAAGCGUAUCAAUUGGAUUUGAACGAAUCGAAUUACCUAAGUCAAGUGAAGGAAGUCAAAUAUGUGAUCGUGGACACAUGGCAAUUUAUGGUAGUAGAUCAUUACCUGGUGAACAAAUUAACAAACCAACCUAUGAAUAUUCUCAUGAAAUACUUCAAUCUAAUAAAGAACCCGAUCAUGUGUUUUGUGAUCGAUCAAAUGAACUAGAAUCGCUCAAAAUCGGAUCAGGUUUUCAACAUCAUGAUUAUCCAAUAGUUGGACGACACAAUGUCUUACUGGUGAGAUUUAAUUCAACGGGAGCCGACUUACCCGGUUUAAAUAUGAAGUUUAUUCUAAGUUAUAGGUUUAGAAAGGACUUUGGUAUUCCCGGUAUAAUGAUUAAUCCUGAAAGUUGUCAGUUUAUGUAUGUAAAUCCAUCGCAGUCGGCAACCUCUGUUUUUUCAUUGUCAUCAUCUUCCGAACCGUCAUCCUCAUCUACCUCAAAAACAAAUACAGUAAAUUUCAAAGGAUGGACCAACUCACCUCUCUACCCAAAUAAUUACCCACCUAAUUCAGAUUGUUUGUAUAUAAUUACACCACAAAAUGAAUUUGCUGUAGAACAAUCCAUACGUCUGGUCUUUGAAACAUUUGCAACCCAGUCGAAAGUAUCAAUUGAAAACCAAUCAGAACUGGAAAAAUUUCAAAUUUGUUAUCAGGAUUUUCUUGAAAUCAUCCAGUUAUACAUUCCUUUAAAAGAAGAAGUAAUGAGUGCAUUAACUUCACGUGUCAAUUAUCCACUGUUACUUGAAGUAUCAUAUGAUGUCUGGAUACAACGUUGGCAUAAUUUAGAGAAAGAAUUACAAAUUUAUUUAGGUACAAAUCAACAUAUACUUGAACCUAUAAGUAUAUACUGUGGGAAAUAUAUACCGGGUCCAAUAGUCUCAGAUCCAACUGCCACAGCCAUUUUAAUGAGAUUUCAUAGUGGACAAAAUACAACUUCAAAGGGCUUCACAUUAAGUUAUGAAUUUCUCCCAAAAAUACGUCUUGAUCCAAUAAAAUCAAAAGUUGUUGGUAAACCGGGGAACAAAAAUGGUGAUAGUGCUGACGACAAGCAUCCAGUCAAAAGUACUAGCAGUGGUUUAAUUACUUCACCAAAUUUUCCCAAUUUAUAUGUCAAGGACUUCAAUUAUGAAUGGUAUAUUCAAGGAACUACAGAGAAAAGUCGCAUUCAAUUAUAUUUCAAUUCAUUGGAUUUAGAAGGUUCGAAAAUGAAUUGUUCAAGAGCAGUUCUUCGGAUAUAUGAAGGUCGUAACCCAAGAAGUUCAUAUGAACUUUGUGGAAAUCCUAAUGAACUCCUGCCUAUCGUUAUACCAAAUUCUGUAGCACGAGUAAAAAUGCACACAGCAACGGAUGCAUCUGGUUCGAAAGGAUUCGAGUUAAUCUGGACUGAUCUACUACCAAUAGAUCCUGAAACUGGAUGUAAAGGUUUCCUCUGUGAAAACACAGGUCAUUGUUUAUAUACAGAUCUAGAAUGUAAUGAAGUACUGAAUUGUGGAAUGUAUCAAAAGGAUGGAAAAUGGUUAAAGGAUGAAUCAGAUGAAGCAAGCUGUUCAUUGAGACUGAGUUACAACUUAGUUCAUAUUGGUACGGGUAUUCUACUAGCACUAAUUCUACUUCUUGGUAUAGCUUGCUACAUUUACUAUCGUGAAUAUAAACGCCGAAAACAUAUGCCAUUGGAUCCCCUAACAGAACUAACGGGUUCAAAGCCUUCUCUAUCACUUAAUCAGUCAGCUCACAGAUUGACCACCCACUGUUCAAAUAAAAAACAGUUACACAAGUGUCAUAAUUCACAGAGUACAGGGUUGUUAUGCGAUUUGUCAACCGAGAAAGAAAUGGUCUUUACAGAUAUCGGUCCAAUAAAGAAGCAUCAGCACCAGCAACACUAUCACCAUCAUCAACAUCGUCAUUUACUACAUUCACAUCAGUUACCGCCACAUGCUCACUCUCAUCGGUACCACCACCACAGUUACAACAAAAAGAUGACUGAACACAGUACACACUCACAACUAAUCAAUGCAUCUCAUGACUGUCAUAGUUCACACUUUUCACUCGAUAACCAACACGAUUAUUGUCAUACGAUUAGAUUAAAUAAUAAGACACAACACCGGACAUCGUCACAUUCAGGAUCAUUAGUUAAAAAUGGAGGUGGUACAGUAAUAUCGGAUUCUGUACAUAGUUGCGGAGGUAGUAAUAAUAAUACAAGUGGUUUGAUUGUCGGAACUGGAAGAAAUUUAUCAACAACAGCCGACGGUGGGUUACUUAUAAGAGAGAAAAUGCAAAAAAUAUCAAUAGUUUAA